AGUCACACUGCUGCUACUGCUACUGCACACUGAGGAAACUACGCACUACAUUUGUCUCACCUCCUUCUCCGAGUUUGUCACAAGCUCCCGUAAGACCCCCAGCCCUGACCAUGCCCAAGUCCAAUCACAAGACCCUGAUCCGAGUGCUGCUGUGGUGGGUCACCCUCCUGUCCAUCUGCCAGGCUGCUCUACUAGUGCUGUUCUUCACUAUGGGACACUUUGGGAAGAACGGAGAUGCACAACGGGGUCCUAAGCACAUACAUAGUGACCAAUUGGCAUCUCCUAAAAACACCACUCGCCAAGACAAAGCCAGAAUGUUUACUUAUGAGGCCAGUAGAGUUGACUUAAACAGCAUCAUAUGGUCCGCUGUGUACAGUGAAGAUCCUGUCCGUGAUGGUAAUGUCGUCAUUCAAAACGACGGGUAUUUCUUUGUUUGUCUCAGGAUAACCCUGCAAAACAGCACAUGCAGGAGUCAGGACAGAUGCUCCAAGGUAGAAGUGACUCUAAAAGAGGUCAAUGAAAAUGGAGACAUCCUCACUGGCUGGAUUAAUAAUGACACACUGAGCACAGGUCUGCUGUGCAAGAUGAAGAAGCUGUUGGUGGGCGAUAGGCUCAGUGUGCAAGUCAAAAUCCAACCCUCAGAAAGCAUCCAUAUAAACAAAAAGAGGAGCCUCAGCUCCUUGGACCUCGUCUAUAUGCCCAACCUCCCGUAGGCAUACACAAGUAGGCAAGACACUUUGACUGCACUGCCUGUGUUUUGUAACACCAUUCUUGUAUGUGUGAGUAUGACAUGUGGUGACUCCAAUGCUGUAGUUGUCUGUCUGCCUCAGGGCAGCUAUGGCCUUGGGUAUACCUUACCACCACUAAUUAAGUCAGAGGAGUGGAUGAAUAAUUAACAUAUCUGAAAGCAACUUACUAAACUAGUGUCAACUAAAAUUGUUGAUGAAUAAUUGAAAUUGAAUAUAUAUGGUUCAAUGUUUUUUAAAACUUAAAUGUAUUUAAACAGCCAUCAAAAAGAAGAUUCACUGAGCGUUUGGUGCUUUCACUACAGGUGUGUGUUGAUAUACUUUGUAGACGAUGGCUUUUGUUGCAAAGAAUUUCUCUAGAGGCUCGUUUUAACCCUUGUGCCUUGUUGAAAAAAUACGUACACUGGGAGUUUCAUACACAAAAAUUGGGGCAUUUUUGUUUUAUAACUAAAGUCAGUUUGAAAAAAACAACAACAUUACACUGGGAGUGUUUCAUACAAAUUGUGUAUUUCGAUUUUUACGCUGCCAUACAAUCGUCAAAUGUUAAUAUUCUAAUAUUCGGGUUCUCUCCAAAAUCACAUACUGACUUUGUUAUAGUUGCCAAAAAUGAUGAACCCAUUAGAUGCUUUGGUGAUGUUUUGGUCACAUGUGGCCUACAGUCAUUCUGAAUAAAACCAAUUAUUGAUUCCAUACAUUACCAUAAAUAUUUAACCUGCUAGAUACCACUUUGAUUUUGCUCUGGCUAUUACCAGUGUGACCGGCCUGUUUGUUAUAUUGUCAGUUUGAACAAAAAGGUUUUGCCCGUGCUGAUUUUUCCCAUAGACUUACAUAGUUCUACCGCUGCUAUAAUUUAUGAAGAAACUGUUUUUUUUUUUUCCUUUUAAUGCACAUUUUCUAGCAGCAAUAUUUUCAGAUUUCACAAAACCUGAGACUAUUGCUCACGACUAGUUGUCAUUUUGGACUGAACACGCAUCAUAAUGUGGGUUAAAACAUACAAUUCUAAGCCUUAAAAAUGAAUGCUUAACUUCAUGAUUUUUAUCUUUAUUAUUUUUUCUGUCUUCCUCGAGGAACCCCAAAUUACUGGUUUUACUGCUCUGUUUACACAUGUGCUGUUGUGCAUAGUAAUAUAGCACUUCUGAUUUGAAAAGCCACAGAAACUAACCAUUCAUCCUCAAAGAGAUAUUCACUACCAAUGGUCCAAGCCCUUUAUGGUGACUUCCUAUAACACAUGUAUGUGUACAAACAUGUAAAAACACAUAAGUCUAAAAACAUGUAAAAACACAUAAGUCUAAAAACAUGUAAAAACACAUAAUUCUAAAAACAUGUAAAAACACAUGUGUGAAUUUUCAUGUCAAUCGAACAACCACAGCCAAAGUUUUGUGAUAAAUGUAUUUUCAGAUACACACAUUUCUCUUAACGAGGCACAAGAGUUAAGUUGAUUUUAAGUCCAUUUUUACUGAAUGUAUUUUCUUUUAAAGUUUUUCAAACUUUAGCCAUUUUUAUCUGUUUGAAUAUAUUUAUUAAUUUAUUUAUUGAACAUCUCAGGAAAAAAUGGAGCACUUCUGAUUAGGCCUGUCUUGUCCUGAUGUUGUUACAGACAACAUGAGUAUUAUUUAUUUAUUUUUUAAAAACAGGAUGGUAUUUGUUCUUAAAUGUUUACUAUGUUAAUCUUGAUUUUCUGUUUAUUGAUUUAGGGUCUAAAAAUACACCAAGGCACUGUAACUGAGGAAUGACUUAUUUUUCUUGAAUAAACAGUAACACUGUCUGGCA